CAGCAGGCAUUUGGAUGUCCAAGGCCCUGCCUUUGCAUAGUGGCCAUGUCCGAAGGGGAGAGCAAGGACAGCUCGGGCAGCGAGUGCCCCGUGUGCUACGAGAAGCUCCGCGACCUGGACGGCGCCAGCCGCACGCUGAGCUGCGGCCACGUGUUCUGCCACGACUGCCUGGUCAAGUACCUGCUCUCGAGCCGCGUGGACGGCCAGGUGCCGAGGACCAUCGUCUGCCCCAUCUGCCGCUAUGUCACCUUCCUCAGCAAGAAGAGCUCCCGCUGGCCCUCGGUGCUGGACCGCGGCUCGCAGACCCUGGCCGUGCCCGUGGGCCCGCCCGACGCCCUGGGCCACACGAACCCCCUGGCCGCCGUCCAGCAGGUGUGGAGGCCGGCCCCGAGCCAGGGCGCCCCGCUCCCCUUGGACCUGCCGCCCGGCCUGGCCCGGGAGCCACAGAUCUUCAUCAUCAGCCGCCACGGAAUGCCCCUGGGGGAGCAGGACAGCGUGCUGCCCCGGCGCAGCCUGGCCGGGCUGUCCGAGGCCUCGCCGGCCCCCAGCUCGGGCCGGGCCUUCUGCUGCCGCUCGCGGGCCCUGCUGCUCAUCACUCUCAUCGCCGUGGUGGCCGUGGUGGCCGCCAUCCUGCCCUGGGUGCUGCUGGUGAGGAAGCAGGCCUGAGCGCCGCCCUGCGCUGAGCUGGGGGGGGGGAGGGGGAUGAGGCCCGGGGCCAGCGGC